AAUACUGCAAACCUAAAAGAUAGGGUCAAGCCCAAUACACAAGUCCAUAAAAAUAAAAUAAUCCAAUUCAAACUAAGAAAUAAAAGUCCAACUAAAAUAAUUAAAACUGGGAUGUCCUCAUCACAUGGUCCCCACUCCCCCUUGAGGUGUUCAUUGUUUCAUUCAGUUCCUUAAUAAUGUUCCCCUCCAGCCACUCUGAUUUGAGUCUCUCUCCUUACAAUUUCGCUAGCAUUGUAAUUUUAUUCAUUUUUCACUGAAAUUCUUUUUGAUGAUUAGAAAUAAAUUCCACCAUGUUUUCCAAGCGUUCCACUUGUGACUUGUUGUUCAAGUGAUUUCUCAAAGCUGGCUCUGAUACUAAUUGAUACGAACAUAAAUAAAUAAUUACUAAAAAUCAAAUUGUAACACUUAAUCUCUACCACCCAGGUUAUAUGGUUGUCAAAUGAAGCAUUCAUUGCUGGUCCAAAUAAUAACAUCUGUUUAUAUGGUAGACAUUAUUAUAUUUGACAUUUCUUCCGCUAAAUGAAUAAACUAUUUGACCUGAUAUUCAUAUUUGUAAUUUACAAUAAAUGACUCCAGAUGGAGAAUGAUGUAUAUAAAUUAUCUAAUUAAUGUUUUGUAGUGCUACAAAUAUGCCCAAGAGACUCUUUUGCCUUAAAUUUUCAGUCAUAUUCAGCACUCUACCUCUCUGGCUCUUACACUUGGUCGCGCAAUCAGAUGAGGGUAGCAUUUUUUUUACUGCUCCUUGAAAAUUCAUGUUUGUUGAUACAGUAUUUUUCAUGUUAUGUUUGUAGCACAGGUCAUUUACAGCAUUAUCCAAUCGAAUACAAGGCUGUGGUGACUGAGCUACUUGGAAAAGCUUCUGUAAUUUAUUCUAAAAGAAUACGGCAACUUGAGGGUGAGAAGAUGGGCUUCGAGGGUACCCAUAAUCACAUCUCAGAGCCGUUUUGUUAUCUUAAAAAGGCCGCAGAGAUAUCAAAUCAGAGUUUCCAGAGGAUUGCCCUUGACUUGAAUGACCACUUUUCUGUGCCAAGUUCCAUAGAAUAUCACAAGGGUAGAGAUGUUGGAUCUGUGCAGGAUGAAAGUAAAGAACCGUACAUACAUAUAUCCAGCCCGGCAAGCAUAAGUGCGCAUGGGGUUCUUGGUCAGUUCCUCUUCGACGUUUGUGUUCCCAAGAAUGUGGAAGACUGGGAUCUGAAAUCAUCACCGUCCUCAAGCAGGGUACCAUUUGCCUCUACACGAAGAAACUCACCCUUCAAUCCUAUUAAAUGCAUUCGUCGUUCAAGAUUGUAAAUGAUGCGAAGACUUCCUUAUCUUAAGUAGACUACUUGGUAUUAACCUGAAAGUAAAAAGAGCGAU